UCAUCGAUGAUGAUAUGCAUUUAUAUACAGAUAUUUUCUUUGGCGUUUAUCCACGAUCGUCCGAAAGAUCAACAUGACCGUUAGUCGCGUGUCACAAAUUCUGUUCUCGCGCGUGUCGUACGCGGCUCGAAAACCGCAACGAUUCGUCGCGCCUGCCAUCAGAUAUUAUUCCUGUCAAACUGGCAAUUAUGAGUUUAUUAAAAUCGAGAGUGCAGGUGAAAAGAAAAAUGUAGGCAUGGUUACUUUGAACAGGCCAAAAGCUUUAAAUGCCCUGUGCGAUCAAUUAAUGGACGAAAUAAAUCACGCUUUUGAUCAUUACAACUCAGAUUCAUCCAUCGUUGGCAUCGUUAUAACUGGAAAUGAAAAGGCAUUUGCUGCUGGUGCGGACAUCAAGGAAAUGAAAAAUAAUUCAUUCGCAUCGAAUUUAAAGCAUAAUUUCAUAGCGUCCUGGAACGGAGUUGCCAAAGCCAGAAAGCCCGUAAUUGCUGCUGUAAAUGGUUAUGCUUUGGGUGGAGGAUGCGAACUCGCAAUGAUGUGUGACAUUAUUUACGCUGGUGAUAAAGCCAAGUUCAGCCAACCAGAAAUCGCCAUCGGCACAAUUCCUGGAGCAGGCGGCACUCAGAGACUACCCAGAGUCAUUGGCAAAAGUAAGGCUAUGGAAAUGGUGCUUACUGGCAACAUGAUUUCCGCGGAAGAAGCUGAGAAAAGCGGUUUAGUCAGCAAAGUUUUUCCAGCUGACAAAGUCGUCGAGGAAGCGGUAAAAUUAGCCGAAAAGAUUGGAACUCACUCACCGUUGAUUGUCGCAAUAGCCAAGGAAGCUAUCAAUGCCGCAUACGAAACCACAUUGCAACAGGGACUUCUGUUUGAAAAGAGAAUGUUCCAUAGCACUUUCUCCCUGGCGGAUAGAAAGGAAGGAAUGACAGCCUUUCUAGAGAAACGCCCGCCGAAAUAUACAAACGAGUAGAAUUAUCUAUAAAAGAAGGAACGCAAACUGUUGAUGAAUAUUAAAAAAAAAUAUUUUUAUACUGCAUUUUUGUAAAGAAAACUCUUAUCAACAUGUUUUGCCUUUCGCUUUUAACUGACUUACUAUUGUUUAAAACUCUUAAAAAAAAUGUUUACAUAAUGUGUUCGUCAGUUAAAGAGUUAGACAUUAGAUAUUGUUAUAUUUGGUACAACAUAUAUAUGGUGCAAUAAACUUUUGCAAUUAA